UUCAUCAAGUGCUUGUUGUAACCUUUUUUUAUGAUUCACUUGGUCGGUAGAUAUACUAGCUAGUGGAGUAUACUCAUUUUUCUUUUGAAUAUUUUAACUUUUCUAAGUGAUUUGCAUCAUUGAUGAAAGAGAAGGGAUAUUGGAAGUGAAGGAGAAGAAAGAAAAUGUAGGCUGAUUGGUAUAUUCCAAUAGUUGCUAGAAUUAGUGCUUUUGGAUUAGACUGUGCAAUAGAACUUGACCCUGGUGACUGGUGCUAGGGAGGGACUCCAGUCACUCUGGAAUGAUGGGGUCAUGGAAUAAUCAGGGUUUGCCCCAUCAUGGCAAAUAUGGAAAUCCAGAUCACACCACUGAUAGCAAGGGACAAAGCAGUGGCACAACUAACAAAGACAAGAGUUCGUCCGUUUAUCAUAAUGAAACAGUGGAACCUUGCAAUCUCAGCUCAUCUAUCUACUAUGGAGGCCAAGAAAAUUAUUCUCCAAGGAAGAAGACCACUGAGUCUCCCCAUUAUUUCAAGAAGGAUGGGGGAGAUGAUGAUCCCAAUGGAAACAAUUCUGGUGGUGCUUCAAGAGGAAAAAAAGGGGGAAAAAAAAAUUUUGGGUGGGCAUAG